GGGGCGCCGGACCUCCUGUAGGCAGGGCGUUCUCCCCUCCACCCCCACCCCACACGAUGACAUCAUGUGUUUGCGGCUGAGUCGCUCCAUAAAAGCAGCCCGCGAGAAGCCAGGAGCCCAAAGGAUAGACGUGCUCGCCCUGGCGCCCCGGCUGCGCGCACGAGGUCCCGGUGCGCGCCCCGCCAGCCCCGGAGCAGCCAAGCCGCCGGCCGCCCGCGCCCGCCUUCCCGAAAGAGCCGCCCGAAGAUGCCCGGCCGCAGCCUGCACGCGGCUGCUGUCCUCCUGCUGGUGAUCUUAAAGCAACAGCCUUCCAGCCCAGCCCCACUCAACGGAUCCAAGUGGACCUACUUUGGUCCCGACGGGGAGAAGAACUGGUCCAAGAACUACCCGUCGUGCGGGGGCCUGCUGCAGUCCCCCAUAGACCUGCACGGCGACAUCCUCCAGUACAACGCCAGCCUUGGGCCCCUCGCCUUCCAGGGCUACAACGCGUCUGCCAACCAGCCGUUCAUCCUGACCAACAAUGGCCAUUCAGUGAAGCUGAAAUUGCCCAAGGACAUGCAAAUCCAGGGCCUCGGGGCCCGCUACAACGCCUCACAGCUGCACCUGCACUGGGGGGACCGGAACGACCCCCACGGCUCCGAGCACACUAUUGGUGGGAAGCACUUUGCCGCCGAGCUGCAUAUUGUCUAUUACAACUCAGACCUGUACCCCAACGCCAGCAUCGCCAGUGACAAGCCAGAAGGCCUCGCUGUCCUAGCUGUUCUCAUAGAGAUGGGCUCCUCCAAUCCAUCAUAUGACAAGAUCUUCAGUCACCUUCCAGAUGUAAAGUACAAAGGCCAAGAGGUGCACAUCCCGGGUUUCAGCAUUGAGGAGCUGCUGCCGGAGAGGCCUGAGCAGUACUACCGCUACAAAGGGUCCCUGACCACACCGCCUUGCCACCCCUCCGUGCUCUGGACAGUCUUCCGGAACCCUGUGCAAGUUUCCCGGGCUCAGCUGGUGAAGUUAGAAGAAGGCCUGUACUGCACAAAUGUGGAUGACCCGUCCCCCAUAGAGAUGGUCAACAACUUCCGGCAGGUCCAGAAGUUUGAUGAGAGGCUGGUGUACGUCUCCUUCCAACAAGGCAUCGCCCUUUCCGUGGCCCUGGCCGGCGUUCUUGGCAUCUGUAUUGUCCUGGCAGUAUCUGUUUGGCUUUUCAGAAGGAAGAAGAGCAAAAAAAGUGAUAACAAAGGUGUCAUCUACAAACCGGCCACCACGCAGGAGUCCGAGGCCCAUGCCUGAGGCCCCGGCGCAUCCAGGCACGUCCAGGCAUGUCCAGGGAAGGACUCGGCUUUGGACGCUACAUGCUAUGGCUCCCUGGAUGCUUCAAAUACCUGAGGGUUCUCUGGAGCUCAGCCCACAAAGACCCCAGACCCCUGGGGGGUGCCCAGCAGAGCGCCCCGCCAUCUCGCUGCCCCGCCACCCUCUGUGGGAUCACGGAUGGGAAGAGCUCGCCAGGGAGGCGAGGACUCUGCGCUGUCUGCUUCCUCUGUGUGAGACCACUCAGGGGUCUGCCAUCUGGGGGCACAAACCACGUCGCCUGCCGGGGGCUGUGACUGGCUGGAAAACAUUUGCAUCCAGGGGUUCAUGGGAAUUGUGCUUCUUCUCCACGUUUUCAGACCAGAAUGUGCUCUCUCUGCUCAGGCUUUGCUUUUGAGACUCAGUUUCUUUCCUCAGGGAAGGGCGUAUGGUCUGAUUUUCUUCUGCUGUGACAAAACUUUCAGCCUGACCUUACAACUGGGGGUUGGGGAGGAGGUGGGGGGAUGCAGGGGGAGGUGGGAACAGGAAAGGUCAAGGUGUCAGAGACAAAAAGCAAGCAAGAGAUAUUCUCAGAAAUACAGCAGAGGCAUUUUCCGAGUCCUGUCCUUUGCAGUCAAAUGCUCUGCCACUGAGCUCCACCCCCUCCCGGAGUCCUGUCCUUUGGCUCAGACGCACUGAAUGGAUCUUAGAGUGAGAAGACAUGUAAGAUCUGCAAGAGUCUCACUUUGGAAUCAGAAGUGGAGUCAGAAGUCGCUUGUCAGGCCACAAGUGUCAGAAGGACAGACUUAUUAAGUGCAACCCAAUCUCCUGUCAGCAGAGCAGUUAUGUUUUAUACUCCACAGAUUUUUGAAUAACUAGGCUAUUCUUGAAAACAUGUUGUUGCUUUCUGUCUCCCAGAGUGGACGUGAACUCUGAGAGGACCCCAACUGCUUCUGAAUCUGGAGGCAGCAGGCAGAAGCGAAAGGAUUGAAGAGUCUCAUCUCUUCUGCCCAAAUUUCAUUUCUGCCACCUCUGCUGUGUCCCUACUGUCAUCCCGAAACUGGGACUUACCUACUUCUCUGACCUGGAGGAUGUCAAGUCGUGGCUGAGUUAAAAUAUAUUUUCAAGCUGUAAAA